AUGUACUUUUCUGCGGGUGACGGGGCGGGGAUAGGAGUCGCAAAGUCCACAACGAAAAGACCGGAGGGUCCGUAUGAGGAUGUCCUCGGAAAGCCGUUGGUGGCUGAUGUGCUCUUUGGUGGGCAGCCGAUUGAUCCUGUUGUCUUUGUGGACGAUGACGCACGCGUAUAUCUGCUUUGGGGUGGGUGGUCGCAUGGUCUGGGCGCGGAAUUGGGUGAUGAUAUGGUCUCGUUUAAGACGCACCCUAUUGAAUUAACACCGCCGAAUUAUGUGGAGGCGCCGUAUAUGAUCAAAAGGAAGGGCGUUUAUUAUUAUAUGUACAGUGUGGGAGGAUGGGGCGACAACUCCUACGGCGUCGAAUACGUAACAUCCACAACCUCACCACUCGGCCCCUUCACAAAAACAUCACAGCACAUUCUGUCCCCAGAUCCAGAUGUUGCGCAGGGAACGGGGAGUAAUGGUGUAAUACACGUCCCGGGUACAAGUGAAUGGUAUAUUGUGUACCAUCGUAGACCACUGGGUGAUUACGAUGCUAAUCAUCGAUAUGUCUGUAUUGAUCGGAUGGAGUUUGAUGAUGGUGAUGGUGGUAUAAAGCCGAUUCGGAUUACAAGGGAGGGCGUGAAGGCUAAUCCUCUGUGA